GAAGAAGCGAAACGAGUUUGGUAUUUUGCCUAACAAAUCAUCAUAAACUGCAAGUAAAACCAAAUGUUUUCUGCUAUUUCAAGGCGGGCAUGAAUCCUUAAGACGGUUAUCUCAUUGGAAGAAUUAUAUUUUCGUAUCAAAAUCGAUUUUCGAUUUGAAGUCAACAAUAUUUAUCUGACUGCAAACUGUUUUACAGCCAUGCAAUUUAGUGGUUCAAACGUUCAACCAGGUGCGCCUGCUCUCGCCAUCGGCACCUCACUCCUUCGCUACCCGAGCCUAGCGGGCGGGGACGUGCCGCGUCCGGGCUUAGACGCAAUUCGUCACUCACCUGCCGCAGGAAACGUUGCCGAGUUGCCUCUUGCGGACAUCCAACGGAUAAACAACCUAGCUAUUUUGUUGCCAAACUCGACUUUAAAAACACCGAAAAGUGCAAAAUUCACGAACUCAUUUAUUUCGCAGGCAAAGCCAAGUGCCGAAGCAACAACCAUGAAGAAGUGCGGAUUUUCAAUUGAUGAUAUUUUGCAUUCGUCAUCUCGGCAAUCCAUGAAAUCUUCAUCACCACCGCAACAGAGAUGUUCCCCUUCGCCGGAGCUUCGGCGGGAAAGUCUUGCCGGUGAUGCGAUAACGCCAAGAGGUCAUGAUGCAAGCAUUAAAUUUAUCUCAAGACUUAAAAAUAAGUUUUAUCAAGAUUUCAAAUUGAAUGGACUUCAAUUGUCAUCUUUGAGGUCAUCUUCAAAUGUCAAUCUCUUUUCUUUAUCUGAUGGAUUAGCUCAACUCUACACCACGACCCAUCCAGCAGCCACGCCCUACUACCCCACCCUCCAUCCACACCACCGUCACCAUCCAUCCUCCUUAUCACCUAGCAACCAGCAUCAUCCGCACUACAGCCCCCAUCCAGCUCAUCUCUACCCCCACCCAGGGACACACCCCUCCCUCAGUGUACCCAUACCGGUGCCUGUCUAUCUGAGGGGUAAGACCCCGGCGGUAUCGCCUGCAGAAGCAGCCAGGGCGGCCAAGAAGUGCCGGCGGAGCAGGACGGUUUUCACGGAGCUUCAACUGUUAGGACUUGAAAAGAGAUUUGAUAAACAGAAGUAUCUUUCUACUCCUGAUCGAUUGGAGCUGGCUGAGACAUUAGGAUUGAGUCAACUACAAGUCAAGACCUGGUAUCAGAAUAGAAGGAUGAAAUGGAAGAAACAGGUAAUGCAAAGCGGUCGACAAGAGCCCCCAACAAAACCCAAAGGCCGACCAAAGAAAACCGACCUAAUAGAGGAGAAUGGUACCAUUUCUCCAGUAUGCUCACCAGGCAUUGACCACGAUGGGUUAUCAGAUAUAUCGGAUGAAGAAGAGAUGACAGUCUCCAGUGUGACUAUGAACUCAUGUGUACGUCAGCAGAACUUGACCCCAACGCAUCAACCUGUGACCUCAUUUGCAUAUGCUACGUCGUCAUCGUCCUUUCAUUCUUCGUCUAUGAGUUCAUAAGUUUUAAUAAAGAACAAUUACUUUAUUUAUGACCAUAUUGACUUUCUGAAUAGAGCCUCUGUAUAAUGCAAAUAGGUACUUCGCAAUUAUUUCGAUAUAUAAGCAUUUUUUAUUGUUAUUCAUAAGAACAGGACAGCAAACCCCCUUUCUCCCAUAGGCCCGAAUUCUCAAAGGUUACCUAACUUGAUCCCCUUUCACACGACUGCUCACAACCGUUGCGAUUGUGUGCAACACAUAUUUUGACCAAAUGAUCGCAAACGAUCGCAAGAGCGAUUGUGAAAGCCCUUUAAGUCCAACUUCAAGAAAGGCAAAAUUUAGCCUCCGUCAAAUGACGCGCUUUCGCCCAUGGGCCAAGUUAGCCCAUCUUCGAGAAUUCGGGCCAUUAUGCCUAGCGACCUCAACGUCAGGACUAACCAUAUUUUGUAGUGGAUUUGACCCGGAAGCGGUUGGUGAAGGUCAUCCAUGUAUCAUUGAGCUCAAUCGUAAAUUCGAGAAAAUUACAGGCCUAACUUCUGAUCUAUAACCUUAUUUAUUCACAACGAAAAAUCUAUCAAUGCUUCAUGAUAUCAUUAUGUGUGUGCUUUAUACCAUUGAUGUAUCUUUGAAUAUCUAAAAUUGAUUUGUUGCACAUCCAUGUUACUGGAGGCAAAUUAGUGUUUCUUCCAUGCUCAAGCGAGAAAGCGAAGAUGGGCUUUGCCCACGAGAAUAUUCUAUGCGUCUUUGAAUAUAAAUGUAAAGACUUACUUCAACUUUCGAGAAUUUUUGUUAUUUUAUAACAAAGUAAAAUGAAGGUUUUGACAAUUAUGAGGUUGCGACGCCCCCAUCUGUGUCCCCUCUUCCUUACUGCGUAUAUGGCCAUGUGUGCAUUUAUGUAAGUUAUAUUAACACGGAGCUAUAGCUGCUAUAGCUCUAUGGUACAAAGGUGUAUGUGU